CGGCUGGUGGCGCGGAAAGGAGAAUGAGGCUGUGGCACACACACUGAGAGCAUCCCGCUAGGCAGGGUCCUCAACAUCUCCUUUGUUCCCCCUCGGCCACGAUGGCAUCUCAUCACCCGCCUCCGCUGGCCAGCCUUGGCUCAGAGGGCCUCCUCAUGGUGGCAUUGGUGUGUGUCGUGCUGUGGAUGAGCGCCGUGGCUGAAGAUUCGGCCUCAGUGAUGGAGAAGAGCGCCUCGUUACAUCGCACGGUUGACAGCCCAAGCAGCAGGGAGACGUACGGUGAUGCAGAGUAUGUCAGGUGAGUCAAACGGACGACCUGAAUGAGAGAUCUGGGCAGGCAGGCGUGGAAGUGUGUGUGUUCGUGUUGGUUGUCUGUCUGUCUGUUUGUUUGUCUGUGUCAGUGCCGACGUGUCUGAGGGUGAGGUGGAGUGGCAGAAGGCCAAGGCGCUUCACGAGGCCGACAGGUUCAGCGCCGCAGCUGCAGUCCUCAAGAAAUGCGCACCAAGCAACGCCAAGUAAGGGAGGCACCGCAGCCAGCAGCCAACCGACCGGCCACAAUACACUCAUGAGCAGAGCAGUCCCAUUUCAUCUCUCUCUUUUCGUCUGUCUGUGUAUCAAUCAGCUGCCAGAAUCUGCUGGGUCGAUACGCUCUCACAGGGCAGGGCGGCUAUCCGCAGAAUCUCACUAUGGCCCUGGCGCACUGGACGGACGCCGCAGACAACGGCCACGCGGACGCGCAGUUCUCACUCGCCCUCUUUUACAGCAACUUCUUCACACACCAGUACACCUCGAGCACCGACAGCGAAUCGUAUGAGCGGGACGAGGCGCAGGCGGUGCUGCACCUCUAUGCCGCAUCGUUUGCCACCCAUCCUGGUGCGCACGCCACGCCAAUCGGAUGUCCGAUUGGGAAGGGAAGCCCGUCCGUCUGUUUGUUCAUCUCAUCUGGUUCUCACCCCACUCUGUCUGUCUGUCUGUCUGUCUGUCUGUGUGGGCGGGGCGGGGCGGCAGGUGCGUUGAUGGCUUUGGGGUACCGGCAUUUGCACGGGUACGGUGUGCCUCGUGUAUGUCUGACGUCUGCGCUCAACUACAUCGAGGUGGCCAAGCGGAUCACCCAGGUCUACAGCAUGGGGCUGCCGCAGGCACUCGAGCUCGUCAGGCUGGGCGUACACAACCCCAAGUCGCCACACAGCAGGGCCAAACAGGGCGAACUCGCCAUACUCAUACAACUCGCGGAAAAGGUAUCUAUGCUGGGCGGUGCACAGCACACACGAGGGUGGGUGCGGUGCGCACGCGUCUGUCAGUGUCCUUUCGGCGGCUGGUGUGUUUAUUUCUCUCUCUCUCUCUCUCUCUGUCUGUCAGGGCGAUUUGUCGAUGCAGGCAGCAGUUGGCAAGAGGUAUCUGUUGGGCAUCGAUGGCUUCAAGCAGGAUUACGCCGAGGCCCGCAAGUUCCUCAGGAUGGCCGCAGCAAACGCAAAUUACCCACCAGAGCCAAAAACCAGAAGCAACGCACUUGCACUCCUCGGCUACGUCUACGCCAUGGGACUCGGCGUCGAGACGGUCGCAUGCACAGCGCGGCCUGGCUCACUGGGCUGCCUGCGUGUGUUGACUGACGUGUGUGCUAUGUGUGUGUGGGGUGCCAGGAUUUGAGCAAAGCCGAGGUGCUCUUCGAGCAGGCCGUUGCUGAGUACAAUGAGCCAAUCGGUGGGAGAGAAAAAAGCGGCACAGGCUCGAAUUGAUUCGUUCAAGGGGGCUGUCGUGGUGUGCGUGUGUGUGUGUAUGGUCUGAUGCGAUCGAUGGAUGGCAGCCCACAACGGGUUGGGCUAUAUCUCUUUCCACGGCACCCCCCAGAGGAAGCGGGACCUGGGGCUGGCAUUCCAGCACUUCAACGAGGUGAAAAAACACUCUGCUGCAUGCACACCCACCACACAAUCUCUCUCUCUGUCUCUCUCUCCUGUGCGUGUGCCCCAGAGUGCGCAUGGCCACAGUGCCGACGGUCAGUUCAACCUGGCGGCGCUCUACAUGACCGGCACAGGAGUCACCCAGUCCUUCCAACGCGCACUCAUGUGGUCAGCCAGCAAUCAAAUGAACUUAACAACCACAUCGACGGAUGCAGUCAGUAAUCUGUGGGGGGUGUGGUGUGGGGUGCAUCAGGUAUGCCCGCGCCCUCGAGAAGGGCCACACGCCUGCAGCCUACUCCCUGGCCGUCAUGUACCUCAACGGACUCGGCACUGUCAGGUGUGUAUGUGUAUGGCACAGAGAGAGAGAGAGAGAGAGAGAAGCCAUCCGUGCAGUGCAGUGCAGCAACUAUUGCGUCUGUCUGUCUGGGUGCUGUGCUGGACGCCUUGCGUGUCUGUCUGUUUGUCUGCAGGGACUGCAGCAUGGCGGUGACGCUGCUGAAGAAGGUCUGCGAGAGGGGCGAGUGGGUCACCAAGGCACUGCAAGACGUACGAAGGACGCACGAGGCCCUCACACCACACCCAGAGAGACGCAUGGCCUGGAUCAGACACCAGCCAAUACUUUGUUGAUUUGAUGUGUGUGCCUGCAGGCUUAUCGAUUCGAAAAGGACGAGCCCAACCUGGCCGCAUUCCAGUACUGGAAGCUGGCAGAGGCCGGCCACGAGGUGAGUGAGUGAGACACCCUCACCCGCACCCACACAGAAUGGGAUGGGCAGCAGGGGCAAUGCAAUCCCAUGUCGGUCGAUAUGAUCAUAUCAUGAUCAGGUGGCGCAGAGCAAUCUCGCCCACUUGAUCGACUCCGGUGCGGCCAACCUCUUCUUUGCAAGUGAGCAGAGAAAUGCGUGCGACGGAUGAAAACGCGGGCAGGACAACCAUAUUGCAUUCGGUGUGUGUGUGUGUGGUGCACCAUCAGGUGACAAGUCUGAGCGGAAGAUCCACGCCCAGCGGUUCUACGAAAUGUCGGCCGAGCAGGGAUCAGCCGCAUCGGACCUCAAACUGGGUGUGUACCUAAAAAGUGUUCUCGCCUGCCUCCUAGACCUUCCCUCCCUCCUUUAUGUCACUUAUGUCAUGUGCCUGUCUCUUCGCUCGUUGAUUUCUUCCCUCAGGCGACUAUGCGUACGGCGGCUGGGGCCUGGAAGCGUCGUACAUGCCACGCUCAGGUACACACACACACUACAGACGCACUCACAUGCGCCACACACCUCUUGGCUUGGCACACUGUACAGGGAGACUUGAGGCCGGCAGCGACUCGGAAUCGGCAAAUCGCACCACGUCUGUGUCCGUCGAGGACAGCUACUGGUGGGUGGAGCCGGCUGUGCGGUACGCCCCCCGGCGGCCCAACUACCAGACGGCCGUGGCCUUCUAUCGCAAGGCGGCGGAGACCGUUCCCACCAACCAGUGGAUGAUGAGCCACAUCGCACGGGCCUCACACGACCUCGGCUUCAUGUACCAGUAUGGAAUGGGCGUGCAGCAGGACCUACACCUUGCUAAAAGGCACUAUGAACGGUGAGCGUGGACCACACACACACACUCAGGGAGAGAGACGUGAUCGAUCUGGUUGGUGUGUGUGUGUGUGUAUGUGUGUGUAUGUGUGUGUAUGUGUGUGGUGUUUGUGUGGUGGAUGGCUCUGUCUGUCAGAGUGCUUGAGAUCGACCCCACUGGUCCGCGGACGCCCGUGCAGCUGUCUCUGCUGCUGCUGGCUGCUUACGGCAUGUAUGUCGAGACGGACUGGAAACAGGUCGGUGCACUGCACACCAAACACCGAUACCACACCACACACCACAGCCAGCCGUGGAUGAUCUGAUCUGAUCUGUGUCUGUCUGUCUUUCAGCUGGUGCGGACCUACCUGAGGGACUACCGGAUGCUGGCCCUCCUGUGGCACCUGGCUCUCAUCACCCUACUCAUUCCCAUCCGGUUCAUCGUAUGGGUACCUUUCUCACACACACACACACACCUCUUUGACGUGAAUCCAUCGCUCCUUUGUGUCACCCCCCUGUCUGUCUGUCUGUCAGCUUUUGCAACGGCGUCAGAGGCGGCUGCAUCGUCUGGUCAACCCACGGGCACUCGUGGGCACCGACAUGGACGUCACCACACUCAGACAGCUCCACCAACGGAACCCCGCCAUCAUACCAAUCCCCCCUGGCCCUGGCCCUGCCCCCGCCCCUGUCGCCUCCUCAUCCUCUGCCCGCACACCAGCCCCGGCCAUCCCACAGACACACACAGAGACACAGCAGCCGAUGGCAGGCGACCGCACGAACGAAGCUGUGUCGCCUUCUGAUGGUGCUGGUAGUGGUGGCGGCGAGGGUGCGUCGAUGUCAACUGCGAGUGACGAGUCGAGUCAGCGGGAGAGGGAGAGGGAGAGCGGCGUGCAGGAGAAGGUCCAGCCUGACCCGCCGCCAUGGGACAAGAUCAACGGCGGCGGGGUGGCUGUGCAGAAUGGCGGGGCGUGAUUGAUGAGAUAUGACUGG